AUGGCGGACGGUCAGCGGUCCGAGGACAGCGCCCCCCAGUGGAACCCUUCAGGAAGGCAAGAUCCGUCGGCCCCACACGGCGCCAACGGCUUCUCCUCUUCCUCCUCCACCACCACCACAACUUCCUCCUCCUCCUCCUCCGCCUCAGCCUACAGGGCCUGCCAGCCAGGGGCCACCGGGCCCUUCUCUUCAGCCAGGGAGAAUGGCUUCAACGGGGUCAUGAGCGGGGCCCAUCCUGUGACCGCCGAGCAAGUGUCCGCACGGAUCGUACAGGAAGUGACUGCGGAGGCGGUGGCGGUUCUGAAAGGAGAGCAGGAGAGCCUAGCGGACACAGCCAAGAGGCUUCCUUCAGUUGAAGACACCACCAACUUGCCCCCCUCUCCCCCUCCUUCCCCUGCUGCGCAACACUUCGGCCCGCUGGAACGAGAUGUAGGGGAUGAGGAGGAGGCGGGGCCUCUCAGGCGCUUCCAAAACUCCCGUGAGAGGUGCAAGUUCCUCGCCCCCUCCAUCUCUGUGUCCGUGCCCGAGGACGAGCCCUACCACUCCGACGAGGAGUACUAUGAGCACCCCUUGUUCAGCCCAGAGUGGACACGCUCCGGCGUGCGCCCCGUGCAGGCCGUGCCCUUUAGACAGAUCGAAGAAGAAGAAACCAUGGAGGCUCUUACAGCCGACUACGAGGAGGAAGUGGAGGAGGAAGAGGAGGAGGAGGAGAGUACAGAAGCAGCAGAAUCUGAGGCAGCUAUUGAGGAGCAGCAGUGGAGCGGGGAUGAGCCUGAACUGGAAAGCCCCCCAGCUGAAGCCUUAGGGCAGGCAGAGGCUGUAGGAGAGGUCCAGGCUCCUGCCCAGGAUCAGGUCCCAGCAGUUAUUGCUGUCUCAGACAGCUCUGUGGACAGAGAGAUGGAGGAGGUGGAGCAGGAGGAGCAGGAUGAGAAGGAGGAAGAGCAGGAAGCAGAGGGUGAGGAGAGCCCUAAGAAAGCGUUGAAGAUGGAAUCGGAAAAGCAAGACAGUGAGCAGAGCGAGUCCAUGAGCCCAUGCAGCAUCGGCUCUGACAAGCGUGCCGAAGACAGCGCCGAGCCCCAGAUGCAGGAGUUCUUUGCUGGGGAAAGGAUGGUUCCGGAGAGUCCCACCAUGGACAUGCCCUGCUUUGUUCCUGCAAGUACGCCAAAUCAAGCCAAAGAACCGACACGAUCAAUGACCCUGCAGCCUACGUAUGGAGAACCCAUAACCGUAUCUGAGAAGCAGCCUUCGGUGGAGUUGGUUGAAUUCACCACCAUCAUCGAACCUUCUGAAUUCUCUCCUUUGGAGGUCAAAGCCCAUGGAGGAGAUGCCACGAUGGAGACGCGUGACAAAUCUGGGAUGUCAACGUAUUUUGAAACCUCUACUGUGGAUGUUGACGAAGCUCCACGUAAUAGAGCAGAAGGUUACUAUGAACUGAGCACAGUUGGAGAGGAGAACACUGAAACUGAUUCUUUGACCCAAGAAAUCAGCUACAGCACCCUUGCUCAGAUCCAGGAAUUGCCAGGAACCAAUAAAGGCUCAACAGAAGACACCAGGAGUUUCUUGGCUCCUGACAGGAAUAAUGAUUGCAAGUUGUCCCCUGGCAAAUUAGCUUUAGAUCAGAGGAGUUACUCCCUUAAUAUUACUAUUGGCGCAAUGGAUUCCAGUGGGCAAGGCAAACCUAGAAACCUCUCUCCUCUAGCUACGGAUAUAAUGUCCUAUACCAGUGGAAGUCUAGAUGAUACGGCAGACUACCUCCCAGUGACUACCCCCUCUGUAGAGAAACCGUCACCCUUUCCUCCCUUGAUCCUGGAGACUGCCGCCUCAGUCACUUCAGAUUGUUCCUCUCCUCCACAGAGUUCUGGGCAAGCUACAAUAUCCAGCCCUCAGCCAGAGUCUCCUGGAUCCCCUGAGGACUCCAAGUAUUCCUGUAAAAAUGGUACAGUUAUGGCACCAGACCUGCCUGAAAUGCUAGACCUUGGGACACGCUCUAGGCUGGCGUCGGAUAAUACUGACCCAGAAAUCAUGCCAAAAAAAUCGGAGGCCCCCGCUGAAGUGUUCACUGGUGACCCGAUGGCUAGUUUUGUCGCAGGACAAUUAAGCCACUCAGUCAGCAAAUCCGACAGCCAGAUAGAAGAGAUGGGCUAUUGUGUGUUUAGUGAAUAUUCAGGGCCCAUGCCAUCCCCUGCUGAUGUCCUAAGCCCUAUAGGUUCAUCCGCUCAAGUCUUUACCCCCUCGGUCCUUGAGGCAAAAAUGGCUGAGCAGGCUAGAAAACAAGCAGUUAGAGACACAUCAAUGGACGACAAGCACCAGUCCAUAGAGGUUGUGGAUGGUGACAUAAAACUAGACCAAAAUCAGACCGGCAAAAAGGAUGCAGAUGAAGAAAAGGUUGAGGCAGAUAAAGUGAAGCUGGAUAUUUCUGAAACUAAACCUGAGACCAUAAAACCAAGCCCACCCACCGAGGCAUUCGUAACACCAACUGUGACGGUCACUCUGGAAGAAGGCGGGAGAUGUGGGAGCGAGGCCGAACAGCAGCACAGCGGCGACGGUUCCGUGUCGGACACCGAGAUUGCAGACUAUGAGAGGCAGAUACGGAAGUUGGAGAUGGAGGACCGUCCUCUCAGCAUGGAGGAAGAGCGAGAGCUCCAGGAACUGAGAGAAAAGGUCAAGCUGGUUCACCAGGAGGCCUACGAAGAGGUGGACGCUGAAGAGAUGUACCAGUUGACCGGAGUGGCCAAAGACCACAUCGCCAAGCCUGCCAAAACCUCCCCAGCCUCGUCUGUUGACAGCGUUAUUGAUGAUGACAAGUUGCUCUCUCCGGUGCUCUCCCCAGCCAAGCGACAAGUAGAAGCCUAUGGUUCUCCCAAAAGAGUGAUCUCACCAGUGUUGGGUACAAGCAAGGACGAGGCAGAUAGAAAUCUAAGGGAACAGAAGGAAGCAGAAAAGAAAGAGAAGGAUGAGGUUGAGAGGAAAAUGAAUGAAGAGAAACAGAAGAAAGAAGAAGAGCAGAGAGAGAGGGUGGUAAUGGAAGAGAAAUCUAAACUUGAGGCAGAGAGGAAGUUGAAGGAGGAGCAAGAAAUAAAAGAGAGGGAGAUUAGAAAGAAAGAAGAGGAUGAAAAGAUUGAGAAAGAAAUGAAAGCCCAAAGGGAGAAAGGGGACAGAGAACGGGAAGAGAAAGAGAAGAUAGCAAAGGAGUUUGAGAAGGAAAAGCAAGAGAGAGAGCAAAGAGAGAAAAUAGAAAAGGAAGAGAAUGAUAAGAAGGAAAAGGAAGAGAGAGAAAAGAAGGAGCGGGAAGAGAAAGAAAAGGAGAAGGCAGAGAAAGAAAAGAAGGAGAGGGAAGAGAUAGAAAAGGAGAAGGCAGAGAAAGUAAAGAAGGAGAAGGAAGAGAUAGAAAGGAAGGAAAAGGAAGAGAUAGAAAAGAAAGAGAAGGAAGAGAAAGAAAAGAAGGAGAAGGAAGAGAUAGAAAAGGAGAAGGCAGAGAAAUUAAAGAAGGAGAAGGAAGAGGGAGAAAGGAAGGAGAAGGAAGAGAUAGAAAAGAAGGAAGUUGAGGAGAACGCAAAGAGGGAAAAGGAAGAGAAAGAAAAUAACCAGAACAUUCCUGAGCCUAAACCUGCGACAAGUGUUGGGGCGGCUUUGGGGGCCACCGAAACUGUUGUUGGAGUGAAGCUAGGUGAAAAAGAUGCAAAUCUCACUGCGAAGGAUUCUUUGGAAGCGCAGGAGGAUGAGGAUGAUAUCGAGGUGUUGGACGGGACCGGGGAAAAAGCUGGGACUUCCACGCAGGCUUGCAAGGAGAUCCCAGAGCCCCGUGCGGCAAUCGAGUCGGUGGUAACCGUGGAGGAUGACUUCAUCACUGUCGUCCAGACCAUCGAUGAAGAAGGAGAGGAGCCGGGACACAGCGUUCGCUUCUCCGCUCCCCCGGAGACUGCAGUCCACCAUGUCCCUGGUGCCGAAGAGGAAGAGGAGUGUGUGGAGGAGGCUGAAGAGGCUGAGAUGGAGGCUGGCAGUCUAGAGGAGAUAUUGGAUGUCCCUGAGGCCCAAGAGAUACCCUCCUCUCCAGAUAAGGAGGCCAAGACCACGGAGACAGAGGGACGGACAGAGAGCUACGACAGAGAUGAAACCACCAUCGACGACUCCAUCCUGGACAGCUCCUGGAUCGACACCCAAGACGAUGAUAGGAGCAUGGCCACAGAGAUGGAACAGCUGCCAUUGGCGCAUGAUGCUGCAAAGACGUCUGACCUGAAGCAGGAGAGGCAGCAAACCAAGCAAGAGAAGGCAGUGAAGACAAUGGCUAAAGAGAGCAGGGCCAAGGGCCGCGUGUCCACACCAGAACGCAAGCCUGUGCGUAAGGAACCAGUCUGCAUCCCCAGGGAGGAGGCUAAAAAGAAAAAAGCGGUGAUCAAGAAGACAGAGCUGACCAAGAAGGCAGAGACCCGGUCCCCUGCCAGGAGGAGCACCAUGAAGCCCUCCGCGCGCCAGACGCGGCCCAUCCAGCACCACUCCUGUCCCAGGAGGAGGGUUACAGCCACUUCCACAGACGGCCGCCACCCCUUCAGCGUUGCAAGGCAGUCCCUGGACCGAGUGGUGAGUAGUCCCACCGCAACAUGCCCAUUGGUGGAGAAAACAAAGUGUCCGGCCUUACGUACAAAAAGCUUCACAACGACAGCUUUUCGGAUGUCUCAAUUGGACAAUAGAAAGACGGAUGAAAAGAAAAUAAUAGCCUUAGGCAAGAAGGACGGAAGGUCAUGCAGCCCAGAGCAGCGCGCCUCCGUGCCACGGCCAGCCUCCAUCUUGACCCGCCACGGUCGCCACGGCGGCCACGACCAAGAGGAGAGCUCCACCUCCAUCACCAGCUCGGGAUCCACUGCUCCACGCAGACCCACCUCGUUCCGCACCGAGAUGAAGGCCGAACACAGGCUUGGACGCGCCUCUAGCAUGUCGGGCCUAGCGCUGGUGCGUUCCCGCUCAGCCCGCAGCGGCCACUCCACCCCCCGCACCGGGGGCUCCACGGCCGUCACCCCCGGCACCCCGCCCAGCUACUCCAGCUCGUCACGCAACCCGGCCACGCCCCGCUCCCUCAGCCUCAUCUCCCAGGAGCGCCGGGCGGUGACGGUGGCUGUGGUGCGCACGCCGCCCAAGUCCCCCGCCACCACCCCCAAGCAGCUGCGCAUCCUCAACCAGCCGCUGCCCGACUUCAAGAACGUCAAGUCCAAGAUCGGCUCUACAGAGAACAUCAAGUACCAACCCAAAGGAGGGCAGAUGCAGAUUUUAAACAAGAAGCUGGACUUCAGCCGCGUACAGUCAAAGUGCGGCUCCAGGGAUAACCUGAAGUACACUCCCCGCGGAGGCAAUGUACAGAUCCAGAACAAGAAGAUAGACUUGAGUCAUGUGACCUCAAAAUGUGGAUCCCUGGACAACAUCCACCAUAGACCAGGGGGCGGCAACAUCCGCAUCGAGAGCGUCAGGCUGGACUUCAAAGACAAGGCCCAGGCCAAGGUUGGCUCCCUGGACAAUGCAGGGCAGCCCAUCGGCCGUGGCCCCUACCUGAUCGAGAGCCACAAGGUGAUGUUCCAGGCCAAGCCGCGGGACCCCGGCGCGGACAUCGUGGUCACGUCGCAGUCGGAGGGCGAGGGUGUCGAGGGGGGGUCCCCGGGGGGGCGGCUGCUGUCCUCCUCCGGCAGCCUCGACAUGCUGGAGUCCCCGCAGCUGGCAACGCUGGCCGAGGACGUCACGGCCGCCCUGGCCAAGCAGGGCUUGUGA